UCUUGCCGGACAGACAUGGAGACUCAUGUGAGUUUAGAGGAAACUGCUGAAAAUGAAGAUCCAGGAGCUGCUCCUUUUGGAAAUUUUAUUAACUAUUACACAUUUAACCCACCAGAGAACCGCCUCAGUUUAAUACCAACAUCUCUGCUUGAAAACAUCGGAUACAGUUCUGAGAACAGCCCAACAGUUUUAAUGCUGGACGUGGGGUGCAAUUCAGGGGACCUGACUGUUGCUCUGUACAAGCAUCUAUUGCAGGAGCACACAUCUGAAAGUGAUCCUUCAAAAAAAGAGGUUUACAUGCUUGGAUUUGACCUGGACCGAGAUUUAAUCCUCCGGGCACAGAACCUCAACCCCUUUCCCCAGAAUAUCCAGUUUAUCCCUCUGGAUAUCACGAAUGACUCUGAGAGCCAGACAGUGCUGGACUCUCAUCUGGAGAGGUUUGGAUGCAAACGUUUUCACCUGUGCACUUGUUUUGCUGUGACUAUGUGGGUUCAUCUUAAUCACGGAGACGCAGGGUUUUUGUCUUUCCUCUCCAGGCUCGCAUCUCUCUGUGAGUAUCUGCUUCUGGAAGCACAACCGUGGAAGUGUUAUCGCUCUGCUGCACGCAGGUUACGCAAAGUGGGCCGCAAUGACUUUGAUCACUUUAAGACACUUGAGAUUCGUGGGGAUAUGGCAGCACAUGCUAGAGAGCACUUGGAAAAGCAGUGUGGGAUGGAGCUCAUGCAGAGCUUUGGGAACACAACAUGGGACAGAAGCCUACUGCUGUUCAGACGACGGUGAUAGAGGGAAACACAGACAAUGGUCAUCAGUGGUGUUUGUUUAACUUUAUACCCUGUCAGCAAAUGUAGUACUCAACAAAUUGUUUUUAAUGUUUUAUAUGUUACAAGCAAGGAGAUUAAUUGUUUAUGAACCCUAAAAUGGGUCCAAUGUCAUUCAUUCACCCUUUCUUCUUAACAUAAAAUGUGACUUUCUUCAAUCGGACACAAUUCUUCUGAAGAAUGGAUUUUUCAUACACUACACUUGAAAGUUAAUGGUGCAAAAAAAAUUAAAAACAGCUUUUUUGUUACAUGUAAGAAAAUUACAGGAACAACCUGAGGAUGAAUAACAAGUAUGAAACAUUUGGAAAGUAGUCAAGUUGAUAUUUGUUUGUCAUCAAGCACUAGGGGGCGCCAGUGAUGUCUGCUUUUGAUAUAAAAAUUUAAUGCAGUGAAUGCAAAUUCCCCUUUAUAAACAAAAUAAUGGCCCCUAUUUUUAUUUUAGAUUACUGUUGCACGAUACAACAUAUUUGUGUUUAAUUUGUUUUUAGUACAUUAUUUUAAUAAA